CGCUGGCAAUCCUCCCUCACCUGACAGGCAGAAAACAGUGAGGCCGCUGCAGAUGAGAGAGAACCAUGCAAGUCUGUCCAAGCGACAACACAGACAGGCACACACGUCCCCACACAACCACGAGUGACGGGAAGACGCCCAUGUGGUGCAGAAACCCAGGCAGUGCAUCAGGAGAGAGGCUUGCAGUCCGCGGGUAGGAGCGUUGCUCAGUCGCGGGAAGGUCGCGUGGUGGAGAGGAGAGCCAGUCACCAGUCUGCUUUGCCAGCUAGUGCACCGACAGGUGACAACUUUUCUCCUACAAUAACUCCCUGGGUUACCUCAGUCCACACCACACCUGCAGCGGCGUCCGGCACAGACUGAUAUAUUCGCCGCGUCAAUCCAGAGCAGCCCAGGACGAUGAACGAGGCGGGAAAAGUAAUGUGCAAUGGGAGUGAGGGGCUAGUGAGGCAUGAGAAGACAGGAGAGCAGGAGAGUCUGAAGGAAGGCCUUCGACGAUUCAUCAAAGAUUUAUCAUCACCAAGACUGUUGUUGUACAAAAUUCUUUACUUUUUAUACCUCGCGGCGAUAGUGAUCGUGUGGCCGCAGUUCACGGUGCACCAGGCGGCACUCGGCCUCAGCAUGGCCCACACCGGAAUCUUCAGUACCGUUGAGUCCGCCUUCAGCAUCUUCACGCCUUUCCUCGGGGGCUUCGUGGCCGACAAAAUAGGAAAUUAUAAGAUAAUACUCAUCUUGUCAUCCGUGCUGACGUCAGUACUAGCCUUCCUCCACACACUGGUGCCCAGUGCCACGGUGUCUCUCGCUGCCAACACCACUGACAUCGCUAACAUCACCGACCCGCUCAGCACCACCACCGCCGCUCCUGCCAACGCUACAUCUUCACCCAAACUUGAAGUAGAUCCUGAACUGCUCACUAUCACUUUCUGGACUUAUCUGGCUAUACGCGUAUCCCACGGAGUGCUACAAAUGAUAUCCUACACACUUUUCGAUGCCGCUGUCAUGGCAGAAGUACAGGAGAAAGGAACAGACUACGGGUUCCAGAGAGCGUGGGGAACCAUGGCAGCGGCCGUGGCGUCCUUCCUCAGUGGUUACCUGGUGCAGGCUACUGGAGGGUACAGCAUGAUCUUCUACGUGUCGGCGGCGCUACAGUUGCUCUCCGCUGGUCUGAUGUUAUUCCUCAGCCUGGACUUCAAGCCGCCCGCCACCGCCCUCACGCGCCUCAUCCUCCGGCUCUUCGCCAAUGCCGAGGUCAUUAUGUUCUUCAUCGCCAUUCUCGCCGCGGGAGUGUUCUUCGGCUUCCUGGAAACCUUCAUGUACCGGUAUAUCUUUAGCCUGGGAGGCGAUAACCGACUGUUGGGACUCACCGUGACGGUGGGGACGCCCAUCGAGUUCAUCCUGAACCUCCUGGCUUCCUUCCUGGUGCCUUAUACUGGCCACGCCUCCAUCAUUAUGUUUGGCCUUCUGGGACACGCCAUCAGACUGUUAGGGUUCAGCUACUUGGAGAACCCCUGGUGGGUGCUGGGGCUGGAGGUCCUCGAGUCAAUAAGCAACGGCCUGAUCAUCACCGUGGGCAUCAUGUACUGCACCGUUCUCUUCUCCCUGGAGUCCAUCGCUUCCUUCAGAGGGAUCUUCGUCGUUGUAUACUUAGGCGUGGGAAAAUCCAUAGGUGCUGCCAGCGGUUCGUGGCUCCAGGAUGCUUUUGGUGAACGGGAAUCAUACAGAAUACUCGCGUGGGUGGCCUUCGCCUCCACCUUCCUCUACGCCGCCAGUUUCUACAGUCUCAAGAGAUGGAGGAUGUGGCAACGGGAGGCAAAGACUCCAGACGUUGUGGUACACGAUGACAAGGUGUCAACAAUAUCACAUUCAGACCUGCAAAGAAAGAAUAGCGGUAUUGAUAAUCCUUCAUGGGUGCCGGAAGAGUAGAAACUGAAGGAGGAUAUGAAGGAAGAAGAGGCAAUUAAGAAGCAAAAUGUAGGUAAAGAAGAAGGUGGUACAGAAGGUGGUGAAGGUGAAGAAUAGUAGUGUUGAAGAUGAUGAACAUAAUAAAGGAGGUGCUGAAGAUGGAGGUGGUGAAGGAGGGCAUACCAAGAAUAUUUACAGGCUGAGAUGUAGUUAUGAUUAUACAGAACUGUAGUGAUUAGUGAAUGAAGUUAAAGUGCGGAUGACGUGAGGUAAGAGAGCAAAGCGAAUGAAAUCAAAGAUGUAAAUACAGUGGAGAUGAUGUUGGAGAGUUACAGUAUUUUAUAAUUAAUAGUAAAAAGGCAUACAUGGCGACGAUGGGGAAAAAAAAGUGGGAGGGGAGAAAAGUGGAGGAAGCAAACAAAUACAAUUGUGCAUAAUGAAUGAGCAGGAAAUGAAGGUGGAGUACAAGUGUAAAAGAGAAGAUGAACAGUGAAGUGCAUAAGAGACAGGAUGACUGAUGAAAAUAAAGGAGAUGGAGGUUCUGAUGAAAUAAUAAAUACAACAGAAAACACAGGACAUUAAGAGGAAAAUUGGGUUCAAGACGAAUGAAAAUUAUGAGAAUGAUGAAUGAAAAUAAUAAUAAUAAUAAUAAUAAUAAUAAUAAUAAUAAUAAUAAUAAUAUAAUAAUAAUAAUUAUUAUUAUUAUUAUUACUAUUAUUAUUAUUAUUAUUAUUAUUAUUAUUAUUAUCAUUAUUAUUAUUAUUAUCAUUAUUAUUAUUAUUAUCAUUAUUUUCAUUAAAGUGGUGAUAAUGAAAAAAAAUAGUAAGAAUGUGAAAAGUUGAAGGAAAUAUGAUGAAAAUAUGGGUGAUGCAGUAUACAGUAUAUAAAAAACGAAGACAAAAGAUAGAAAAGGGAGGAAACAGCAUACGUAUGAUGCAUGGCACAAAAAAAAAAAAUGAAGAUGAACAAAUAAAGAGAUCGCGAAAUGAAAGUAUGAAGGAAAAUUAUCAGUGUUUUGCAACCAGCCACAUUAAAAAAAAAAAAAAAAGUAAUAGUAAGACAUAUUUCACCUGGGAAAACUGAAAAAAAGGAGAAACAAAAACGAGUGGACAUGGAAAAAGGAAAAUAAAAGUACAAAUGUUUCAAAGCUGUAAGAACAAUAGUGUUGAUAAAACUAAUAAACAACGCGUCACUAGCGAUAAAUGAAAAAGAAUGAGUAAGAAGACAGGAGAAAGUUGUUACUUAGCCAAAAGACAACAAUGGUAAUAACUGCAAUGGUUAAAAUAACAUUUUUUUUUACUAUUAUAUGAACAUUCUGUGAUAGAACACUUCUCAUCACCGCCACCAAUUCACUAUGUAACAAAAUUUCACUUUUGCCUUGUCCUUGGCCCCAAACCAUAAUUUUUCAGUUAUUUCCAUCCCAAGAAAAAAAAAAAAAAUUUCAUUCUAAAACUCUGCUUUUGUGAUAAGAACAAUGAAUUUACAUUUUUGCCUUAUUUCAUUACAGUAUGGGUUACUGUUGGUUUUUAUGUUUGCUAAAUCUUAAUUGCGAAUGUAAUUGUUUUUGAAAUGUUACAAAUAAGUUAAAGUAAUGAAAAAAAGGAUAUAAAGUGUACUGAAGAUUUUUAACUUUGAUAAGAUCAUUCUUGAACUGACCAGAUCUAGCAAGAAAUUUCUCACAUUUAGAAGAAUUUGCUUACAUUUCAGAAAUCUCAAAUAUUCCAGAAUAUUCUACCAGGCACUUUUAGAAGUUUCUAAAACAUUUUAGAACAUUCUAUUCAAUGUAAACAUUUCCAGAAUAUUCUAGAACUUUCUAAAUUAAAUUAGAAAUAUGUAGAAGUAUCAAGAAUGCUCUAGAAUCCGCAAGAACUUUCUAGAAUGAUUAAAAAUAUUCUAAACUAGGUUCAAGAAUUUUCUAGAAAGAUUAAGAAUGUUCUAGAACACAUUUUAGAAAGACCAAAAAUAUUCUAGAGUACUUCUUGACAAUAUAAAAGUAGGGGCAUGCAGACCACCAAUCAGUUCUGCUUUGGCUGCCUGAGAAAACACAUCGCAAGAGGUGAAACGCCAUCAAGAGGCUGCAACCAUUCUCCAGAUGCAUUCUGCUACAUAUAUGGUCAAUUCAUCAAGACAAGAACAAAGAAGUUCUCUGUGACAGCAUUUGGAAAAAUGGUGAAAUUUAGCUAUUUUGGAGCAAAAAAUAAUUCUAAGAGCCACAAAAUCAAAGUUUGACAGGAAUAAUGGCCAUUUUCCAUUAUUUUGCAAUGAAAAGAACUGGAAAAUAACAAUUGUUUGUCAAAGACAAAAAUCGUGUUACAUAGUGAUAUUUCCAUUUUUAUUUAUCAAUAUGAGAAGAAAUCUGUCGAGAUCAAAAUCCAACUAUUUUUAUUUUAUAUAUCAUCACGAUUAUUGUUAUAUGUACAUAUAACCACUGUACCACUGUACCACUGAAAUACUAACAAAAAAAACUUACACGCAUUAGUGAUGAAGAAUACAAAGAAAACUUGCCGUCCAAAGAGCAAACUUGAAGCGUGUUGGCAUUAUUGAUUCUGCGUUCUCGAAGCUGAUUCCAGUCUACCUUUAAGAGCUCUGCUGUGUUGUAGUCUUUCUUAUUACAUUUCUUAUAAUGAAACCAUCGAUCAUAUAUAUGUGGUAAACUCUGGAACUCCU